ACUCUUUCUUUGAAAUGAAGCCUUUCUUGCUGCUACCGUAAUGAUUGUAUUAAAGUCGCACGCUGUAUUCCAGAGAGGGCUCACUUGACAGCAGUUUAGCGAGAGCGUGCUGGCUUGACACCAGUGACUUACGCAUACUACAACGACAGGCUGAGCAGUCUUCAUUGAUUUUACAAACACCAAGCUAUGGCGAGCCGCGGACCCAACGAAAGAAUAGCAGGAUUUCUAUCCAUGAUUUUCAAGUUUUUCUUGUUAAUUGCUUCUCUGCAACACACGAAAGACGUCGAAGCUGUUCAGUUUGGAGAUGGAGAUGUGGUUGCGAUGCUUGGAUCUUUCGCCAUCUUACCCUGUCAAACGAGCACAAGUGAUCGUCUGUCCCAGAUCACAUGGCAGAAAACGAUCAAAGGAAAAGCACCGGAUGAUGUUUUCUUGAUAAUUCAGCCCAUAAUUGGACUGAAGUAUAGUAAUGGAAAAGAUUUCAGAUUUGAAUUUAUUGGGAAUUUCAAUGAAAAAAAUGGAACCUUGAAAUUGUCUAAUGUUACACUGAAGGAUGAAGGAAGCUACACAUGCAUCUUCAGCUUAUUCCCCAGUGUACCGCAGAGCAAAGUUUCAAAACUUGUAAUACUUGUGCCCCCAAAUACAAAUCUGAUGUCUUAUACACCCAUUGAGGGAAAUGAGGAGGUUCCUCUUGCAACCUGCACAGCUGCUGCCUCCAAACCUAAGGCAGAGGUGAAAUGGAUCAAAGGUUCUCUUGAAGGAAAAGUUCGAGAAGAACUCCAAGAAACUCAGCAUGCUAAUGGGACGACCACCACAUGGAGUACGCUGGUUGGAAAACCUGGGAGAGAGAUGAAUGGUCAAUUGGUGAAGUGUGUCAUCUCAAGUGAGACAAUGAAAGAAGAAAUCCUGGAAACCAACAUCCAGAUCCACUACUCGCCUGAAAAGAUCAACAUCACUGAACUAUCUGAUGUCUUAUUUGAGUGUAAAGCCGAGGCAAACCCAAAUGCCACAAUUAUCUGGAGCAGGUCUGGUGAGCCUCUGCCUCCAUCGGUUAAAGUUGUGGGUGCAACGCUGCAGUUUCCAAGCCAGAGCAAUGACUUGUCCGGCCUUUAUAAGUGUGAAGCCAAAAAUCCAUACGGAAGCAAACACACAUACCUCUUUGUGCAUUUCUCUACAGGAAAUGUCACGCUUCCCUGGGUCAUCACUGGUCUCCUGACUCUCCUGACUAUUGUUUCAUGGUGGAUGCAUUGCUAUAGAACUGGAAAAGUUCAAAGGUUUUGUUCAGAUCUUCAGUGUAAGAAGAAACUAGUUCUGACAAGAAGCUCCUCCAGCUCCUCAGAAAAUUCUAUCACAGAAAAACAGAUUCCUGGUGAAAGUGUGGAAAUCUGCUUCUCUGACCAAUGAUGUCCAUCAGCUGCAAGAGUAGAAUUUUAAAGGGACAUUUUGUGCCUGUUCCCAUGGAAACUACACAAUCUUGGAGAAUGAAGACUUUUCAGAUGCAGCUUUUUCUCUCUGAAGUAGUGCUGGGCAAUGUGACGA